UGAAGAUUUUAGAGAGCUUCCUAGGACCUUGAAUGCAGAUGCCAUUGAUAGAGAUAUGAGGACAGGAAAAACCAACUACACUAGAUUGCGGUCCAAGAACAAUUUGCAAAAGGCACAUAAUAGCAAUGGUGGCAGAUGAUGUAUUAGGCCAAAGUAUUGAAAGUGAAGUUCGAACCAGCUCCGGCAUGUUUCUUAAGAAAGCUCUGAGUUAUUCUCUUUGUUCUCAUGGCUGGUUAUUUGCCUUUUGAUGAGCCAAGCCUUAUAGGCUUGUAUAAGAAAAUCUGGGAGGCUUCUUUCAGCUGUCCAUCAUGGUUUUCAUCUGGUGCUAGGAAUUUGAUUAAGCGUAUUCUUGAUCUAAACCCUCUUACCCGUAUAACUAUUCCUGAAAUUCUACAAGAUGAAUGGUUCAAGAAAGGGUACAAGCCACCAAAAUUUGAGCAAGAUGAGGAUGUAAAUCUUGAUGAUAAUAUCUUAUAUUUUACAUGGUUAUGAUAUCUUUACAUUUAAUCUAAUUUUUAUUAUUUAUUUUAGUUUUGAUUAUAAA